CUUUAAAGUGUGUUCUUUUUUUGUUUCCUAUUUAUAUGUUACACUAAGAGUGUUCAGGACUUUUUUGUCUUGUCUAAAUGGUUGUCUAAAAUGUUUUGACUUCAAUCAACCAAUCCAUUCAGUCUAUAGCAACCCUGGUUUAGCAGUGGACCUAAGGUACGUCGAUGUUAUGACUGACAAAGGUUAUGUACUUUUUUCAAGCCCGGACAAAGGCUAAUAUUAUCUAUCGAAUAGGUACAUGUUGGAUUAUAAAAGAGCGGUCAUUGAGCUGACUGAAUACCAUUAUUAUACCCACGAUUCAUAAGUUCGUGAGUUAAUUUUAAAAUUCAAUUUCUAUUUCAUAUGCUUGUCAAAAACUCCCAGUUCAGUUUGAAUAUUAAUAGCUACUUUUAGAAUAAUUGGUAUAUCGCUCUAACGUCCUGACCUUCUGAGUCAAAAUACGUGACUUAUCACCACGUCAAUUACGUCAACUUCAAGUUGUCGCACGCUGCGGUUAAAUAUCGCGGAAUCGCCGAGUGACGGAGGCCUACGGUAUUUUGCCAACCGCAUAAUAGGUACCUGUAUCCUUCCCAUCGUACGCCCAUUUGCGCCUCCGCGCGCUAAAAAGGUAAAUGAUUUGUUUCUAUUGGUUCCAUACAAACAAAUCGCUUCAAAUCCUCAUACACAUAUCUGGUACAAACACAACCUCAUAUAGGUAUCUAAACUCGAAACAAUUCAGCACUAGUAAAGUUAUUUCCUGUACUUUAUUCGAAUAUCAUUAACCAAAAUCAUGUAUUAUUUUAGGCAGCGGGCGGAAAUAUGUCCAUGGUUUCAACACUAUUGUCAAUCAGAUAUACAUCGACAGAAAGUUUACAUUUUGGUAACAAUGAAUGUUAUUAUCAUGCUGCGAUAUUUUGUGUCAAUUCUAACUAACUAUGUGACUACACCUCGUAUUGUAGCUUAGCAGGCGUAGAUAGGCUCGCGUGUCAAUACGUUUGACAAUGGUGCGAGGAUUAAACGUAUGGUCGGUUACUUCAACACGGAGUGUUUUCUUAACAACAAGUGCCUACAUGUUGUGGUAUUAAUAAUCUAAAAGGCUAUAUAGGGAUGUAGAUAGCAAUUUAAUUAAUCUUUUUUUAAUAGUGAAUUGAGUGUUUGUAAUAUAAGUUGUAAUGAGAAAAAAGGAUAUUAUUAUCUACCUUAUUUAAAAUGAUUGUUUCUAAAAAACUUUUUGUGAAAGUUGGAUUAAUAGUUGUAUUAUUCCUAUGUGCUUUAAUGAUAUUUAGUCCAAACAUUUACAAUAUUCCGAUUCUAAGGCAUCCGGCUUUCAGCGACUUGGAUAGAAGGGAGUUUGGUCUAAAAGUACAUGUUUCUACUGUUGAGGCCUUCUAUAGGAAUCGUGAGUCUUGGCCUCACUCAAAGUUAGGAGGAAUACUGUUUAGCAAUGAGCCAACGCCGCACCCAAAUCUUAAUGAGAAUAGGACAUACCUUAUUCUAAUUUGGAAACAUUGGCAGUGGCUCAUGAACCGGCAUGUCUUUAACUUUGGCAAAGCGAGUAAUGACAACAUUUUAAGUUACUGCAGUGUGAAGAAUUGUCAAUUUACUGGUGAAGAUAAAUUGAUAGACACAGCUGAUGCAGUCGUUGUACAUUUACAAAAGGGUGUAAUACCAACAGUCGAAAAUAGAAUUGCACAUCAAAGAUGGAUUUUUCUAAGCGACGAGUCCCCAAUAAAUACAUUUUCAGUGUCAAAAUCAAUACGGAGUUUUGAAGUUUUGAAAGACAUUUUUAAUUGGUCUAUGACAUACAGGAGUGAUACUGACGUACCGGUGCCGUACGGUCGCACUGUUGCUCUAGAAGAACCAAUCAUGGAGUCCUUUAGUGUAAGCGACAUACCUUCGCUUAUUCCAUUCUGGGAGACCAAGCAAAAAGAUGUUUCUGCAACUAUUCUGAUGUCGAACUGCCAGUCUAAAGCAAGAAAUGCGAUUUUAAAAGAAUUGAGGAAGCAUAUGAAAGUCGACGUUUACGGAGCGUGUUCGGAUGUACCCGAAAACAGAAACCGCUGUCCUGGUCACUUCAAGGAGGACUGUGAACCAAUAUCAUCAUACCUAUUUUACUUAGCUCUAGAAAACUCAAACUGCUUUCAAUACCUUACCGAGAAAGUGUUUUUCCACGCUUACUCAAAAGGAGCAGUUCCUGUUAUCUUUGGUCCGUCAAAAGAAGAUUGUGAGACCCUGCUGCCCCCGAAUUCAUACAUUUAUAUUGAGAAAAAGAAGGACGCAGAACAAGUAGCGAAAGAUAUUCUUAUGCUAACAGAAGAUUUAGAUUUGUACCUAUCAUUGCACUUAUGGAGAAACAAUUUUAAAGUGGUUAACGAACAUGGAUUCUUCGGAACUAAGUCCCAUCAUUUAUGUCGUCUAUGCGAAGCUUUGAAUUUUAAUGACGAGUCAAAGAAAAUAUACAGAAAGGAAGAUCUCGCUUGGUAUUUGAACCCAUCAUUGACAUGUAAGAAGGUUAAUUAAAACCUGUAAUUUAACAUAGAGGUUUUUAACCCUUUCGUUGUAUUAGAUUAUUCUAUUUUCGUAUUGUGUAAACAGAGAAGACUUUGAAGUUCUUAAAGACAAACGGAUAUUUCUGUUCUCCAACAUUUAGCGGAGUCCGCAAAUCAUUUCGUGGAGUUUUGAAAGUUCCCUCCGGGGAUUUUCCUGGAGAAAUAUAAAUCCACUGUUCAUUGAGUAAUAAAUUUCAUCGCAUUGUUAUUCACGGAGAGACUGGUCCCUUUGAAUUAUGAUACAAGUUUGUUUUUAUUACUUACAUUGUUGAAGGUGUUAAAAAAAGACUCGUCAAGACUAGGCUUGAUUAUUUUUUGUUGUAAAAAUUUAAGGAAACUGUCAUACAUUUAAUUAAAGCUUUAGUAUUUUAACAAGUUACGGGAGAUAAAAAUAUCAAGUGCCAAAAUAACAGUAAACAAGAGACGAUUUGGCUUAAACAUGCUAUUUGCUAAGUGAGACUGCAGAGCGUGUGUCGACAAAUAUUACUGGAGAUACAACAGUUACAAAGUACAUAGUUUGGCUAAUCCCUAGAGGAAACGACAGCCAUGUUAAGCCGUUGUGAAAACUUCUCGUAGUAUUAAGCAGCUACGGUACAACAUUAAUUGUUUUAAGAAAUACGCGCUGCUCAUAAAUGGCUUAAAGAGUGUUUUAUUUUAGUGCCGGGCUUAAACAAAGAUUUUAAUGCCCAGUUACGACGCUCUUAGUUAAUGUGAUUGGUAGUUGUUAUUACAGGAAUAAGUAUAUCAAAAAAAUAAAUUGUUUGAAAUA